AUGCGUGCUGUGCCGGCGGCAGAGACUUGGAAGGCUUCUGCUGGUGUCGGCGAAGCUGUUGCUAUGGCUGCUGCGCUUGCACCCCUAGGCGUAACUCUGCGAGAAGCCACCCAGCGAAAAUUGAGGAGGUUUUCAGAGCUGAGAGGCAAACCUGUGGCAGCUGGAGAAUUCUGGGACAUCGUUGCAAUAACAGCAGCUGAUGAAAAACAGGAGCUUGCUUAUAAGCAACAGCUGUCAGAAAAGCUGAAAAAAAAGGAGCUACCCCUUGGAGUUCAAUAUCAUGUUUUUGUUGAUCCUGCUGGAGUCAAAAUCGGAAAUGGAGGAUCCACACUUUGUGCCCUUCGAUGUUUGGAAAAGCUAUAUGGCAAUAAAUGGAAUUCUUUUACCGUCCUAUUAAUUCAUUCUGGUGGUUACAGCCAACGCCUUCCAAAUGCAAGUGCUCUGGGCAAAAUUUUCACUGCAUUACCUUUUGGUAACCCUAUUUAUCAGAUGUUGGAAUUAAAACUAGCCAUGUACAUUGAUUUCCCCUCACAUAUGAAUCCUGGGAUUCUGGUUACCUGUGCAGAUGAUAUUGAACUUUAUAGUAUCGGAGAAUGUGAGUUUAUUAGAUUUGACAAACCUGGCUUUACUGCUUUAGCUCAUCCUUCUAGUUUGACUGUUGGUACCACACAUGGAGUAUUUGUCUUAGAACCUUUUGAUGAAUUAGAAUAUAGAGACCUUGAAUACAGGUCUUGCCAUCGUUUCCUUCAUAAGCCCAGCAUAGAAAAGAUGCAUCAAUUUCGUGCUGUAUGUAGACCGGGAAAUAUUUCUCAACAGGACUUUGCUAGGGGUGAUACUCCCUCUCUUAAGUUAGACUCUGAGUAUGUCUACACAGACAGCUUGUUUUACAUGGAUCAUAAAUCAGCAAAAAAGUUACUUGCUUUUUAUGAGAAAAUAGGCACAUUGAACUGUGAAAUAGAUGCCUAUGGAGACUUUCUGCAAGCUUUGGGACCUGGAGCAACUGUGGAGUACACCAGAAACACAGCAAAUGUCACUAAAGAAGAAGCAGAGUUGAUAGAUAUUAGGCAGAGAAUAUUUCAUCUUCUUAAAGGAACCUCAUUAAAUGUUAUUGUUCUUAAUAACUCCAAAUUUUAUCACAUCGGAACAACCGAAGAAUAUUUGUUUCAUUUUACUUCAGAUAGCAGUUUGAAAUCAGAACUUGGCUUACAGUCCAUAGCUUUUAGCAUCUUUUCUGCAAUACCGGAAAGUUCUGGUAAUACAUCCUGUAUCAUUCAAAGUAUACUGGAUUCAAGGUGUUCUGUGGCAGCUGGCUCAGUUGUGGAGUAUUCCAGAUUGGGGCCUGAUGUUUCAGUUGGGGAAAACUGCAUUAUUAGUGGUUGUCAUUUCAUAACAGCAGCUGUUCUGCCUGCAUAUUCUUUUGUGUGUUCCUUAAGCUUGAAGAUGAAUGGACACUUAAAGUAUUCAACUAUGGCAUUUGGAGUGCAAGACAACUUGAAAAAGAAUGUUAAAACAUUGUCAGAUAUAAAGUUACUUCAAUUCUUUGGAGUCUGUUUCCUGUCAUGCUUAGAUAUUUGGAAUCUAGAAGUUACAGAGGAAAUGUUCUCUGGAAACAAGACAUGUUUGAGUUUGUGGAAUGCUCGUAUUUUCCCAGUUUGUUCUUCUUUAAGUGAUUCAGUUACAGUAUCCCUGAAAAUGUUAAAUGCUAUACAGAACAAAUCAGCAUUCAGCCUGAAUAACUAUAAACUGUUGUCCAUUGAAGAAAUGCUUGUCUACAAAGAUGUAGAAGACAUGAUAACUUAUAGGGAGCAAAUUUUUCUAGAAAUUACUUUAAAUACAAAAAAACAGUCUGAUUUAGAGACAUCUUAAAUAUCCUACACCUUGGCAUUCUUGAUUGAGCACGACUACAAAUAGGAGAGUUUUCUGUAGACUUUUGUUUUUUCAUUGAAGUGAAUCAAUGCAAAUUAUAUUAACAAUUACUGUAACAAUAACACAAAAAUAUGAAUUCUCCAUUUUUGAUAAAAAUAUUUUCAAGGCUGUAAGCAUAGAAAAGGUUUUUUUUAUGUUUAGCACUAUUUUAAUUUUCUUUUUUAUUAAAGGUGGAUUUGUGGAGCAUAGCUGUGCUCAUAUAGUACUAUAGUAGUUUUGAGUAAUUUUCUAAACAUACCUUUAGAGUUUUUCCAUCUUCCUUUUGGGCUUUCGUUUCAGUACAGUUCUAAGUGUUUAUUGGCAUUUCUAUCUUUGAGCAUAGUAGUCCUAUUCUGAUGAACUGAUAAAAGUGGCAUACUGUAGGAUCUUCAGAGCACUGUAAGAAUACUGUAGAAAUACUUUUUUGGAAAGAAACCCAUUGCUCACAAAUUCAGAUAAAAUCAAUUAAAAUAUUGUGAUUAUGUAAUUAAUAAAUAAUUAGAUGCAAACAGCUUUGAAAUUGAUGAUGAAAAUCUGUCUCAUUUAUUGCUCUAACCAAAAUAAAACUAAAAGUGUAUAUGUGUUAUUUUACCUUAUAAAUGUGGAUAUGUGUUUCUAUAUAUAUAUAUUUUUUAA